AGUACACAUCACGAACUACCGAUUAGCCGCGACUGCAAGCCCCAAUAAGGGGGGAACUGACUAAAUCGCCCAACUCCACAUUCUAUUCUCGCUUUACGAACUUUCUCAUUCAGUUGAGAUUCUAACGUGCGAGCAACAAUAGUUCUACAGCAAAUCUAACUUUUCUGGAAAAACUAUGGCUCCACUUAUACUCUAUCACUUCCCGCCAAGCGCUCCAUCACGGGCUGCACUGUUAGCUAUCCGAAACCUUAAUCUAGAUGUCGAAGUGAAAGAAGUCAAUCUUUUCCAAAAAGAGCAAAUCAACCCUGAAUUCAUUAAAAUUAAUCCCCAACAUUGUGUACCAACGAUGGAUGAUGAUGGCUUCGUAUUAUGGGAAUCACGUGCAAUCGCUCAAUAUUUAGUCGAAUCUAAGGCUCCAGACAGUGGCUUAUAUCCGAGUGACAUCCAGGAGCGCGCUUUGACAAACCAACGAUUAUAUUUCGACCUGGGAACAUUAUAUACUCGUAUCCGAGCUAUUUGUUACCCAGUUUUAUUCUUAGGUGAGACGACCAUACCAGAAGACAAAAAGAAGCAGCUUCAAGAAGCGUUUGAGUGGCUCAAUGGAUUUUUGGAGGGUCGAAAAUGGGUUGCGGGUGAUAAUCUGACUAUUGCUGAUUUGAGUAUUCUAGCAUCCAUCGCGUCAAUUAUUCACGUUGGAGCUGACAUCAGUGAAUACAAAAAUUUGGCAGCAUGGUACGAAAAUUGCAAGAGUUUGCCUGGAUUUGAAGAAAAUGAUGAAGGGGCAAAAGUCUUUGGUGGAGCAGUCAAAGGAAAAUUGAAAGAGGGAUUCUAAGGAAGAUUGAAUAAAAUUC